AUGACAAUGAACCUUAUGACUUAUGUGACGAGCACCACAACUGACCAAAGUAAUCUGAUAUACUAUGCAAAUGCUGUGUUAAAUUUAACAAAGAAUCUGGUGUCUACACUCGUCAAUAAAACAGACAACAACACCAUCAGUUUAUCUCUCCCAAAUUUAGAAGUUUUUGUUUCUGUGGUGGUUAAACCUAAUCCUUCUUCAAACAACGCUUCCCAACUUGCAACAACAAACGCUUCCUUAGAUAUUGAUCUUAUUGGAAUUUCAAAGAAUAAUAGAGGAUCGGCUGCUGUGGCUUUUAUGAACUACGGUAACAUGGCAGACAUCCUGAAACCUAGCUUCUUCAGCUCACCAGUUAACACAAAUAAAACUGUGAUGUCCGUAGUGGUGUCAGCCAUACUUCCCAAUACGCAAAACAAAACCCUAACUGAACCUGUCAACUUCACCCUUAAGCACAUCCAACACUUAGCGCCAGAAUACAUACUCUCCUGUAUGUACUUGGAAGGAGACAAAUGGAAAGACGAUAUGUGUAAUAUCACAGAGACCAACACUAGACACACUGUGUGCUCAUGUGAUCGUGUGGGUUCCAUCAUGCUCAUCAUGCAGACUGAUCCAUGCAUUGAUUAUUUGUCGGGACCAUGUGCAAAAAAUUUCCUGAAUCAAAUACUUGUUAACAUACCUGAGAAAUUACCACAAGAGAUUGUGAAAAAUUAUCUAAAGAUCAUAAUGACUCUAACAACCCGUGUGAUAGCCAGCGUUCGUGACAAAAAUUAUCUAAUACAAUAUGCAAAUCUUGUAUUAAAAGUAAGUGAAACACUGGUAGCAUCACUGGUGAUGACUAGUGACAACUCCAGCAAAAUCAGCUUGUCUCUCACAAAUUUGGCUGCUGUGGCUUUCCUGAGUUACACCAACUUGGGAAACCUCCUGAAACCCACUUUUCAGACAAAUACAAGCACAAAUAAUACCAUGAUGUCCACCGUGGUGUUGGUGUCACUUCUCAAAACCACCAACACAAACCUCACCAACGCUGUCAACAUCACCUUCAAACACAUCAGUGAGUUAGACCCUGAAGGCAUCCUCUCCUGUGUGGACUGGAAUAAAGCUACUCUCCAGGAAGACAUUUGUAACAUCAUACAGACUAACAAUACUCACACAGUGUGCUCUUGUAAUCAACUGUCUACGUUUGCUCUCAUCAUGCAGACCGACCCAUGUAGAAGUGACCGGGUCAUGAUCAUGCUCAUUGCAGUGGCUCUCAUAGUAGGACUCAUAUUUCUGAUCUUGUCCAUACUGACUUUCAGCUUUUAUUCCCGAAACCCAGUGACCAACGCAGCUCUGAUAAACCUGUGUAUAAACCUUCUCCUGUUUCACCUUCUCAGCCUGAUCAGAACUCUUUUCCUGGCCCAUAUACACCCCCUGGAACUGCGUGCAGCACUGGCUGGUCUCCAGUGGUUUUUCUUAAUGUCCAUUUUCGUGUGGAUGUUCAUUGAAGCUGUUCUGCUCUACAUAUUUAUGAAGAACCUGUUAGAGACCAGAUCAAACCCAGGGGAGGUGCUUAGCUGGCCAUGGUUAACUGUGAUUGGAUACCUAAUUCCUCUGGGAGUACUGGGCAUGUCUGGUGUUCGCUUUCCUAAAGAUUAUGUCGAUGAAGAAUGCUGGCUGACUCCAGACGGAUUAUCAAUCUUUACUUUUGCAGGUCCUCUUCUUUUCACAAUUACAGUAAACUUUAUGCCUUAUCUCAUUAUCAACAUCAUCAUGAUAUUCAUUUACAAACACAUAAAUAAUGAAGUCAUUAGAAUGAGUAACACCUCUGAGAAGAAUCUCAUAAGGUGUCUGAUGUUGAGAAGCCUGAGCCAGUUUGUUAUACUGGUUUGUUACUGGAUCCUCCUGUAUAUCCCCAGCAGGAAUGGAGUUUUAUAUAACACCUUCCAGUUGCUUAACUCCCAGCAGGGCACCUUCAUCUUUCUUGUCCACUGCCUUCUCAACCAAGAGGUCAGGCAGAAGUACAAGAAAGUGAUGUGUGCUUUGUACUUUUCCCACAAUCCAGUAGCAACCUCCAGUAGUGUCAGGAGUCAAUCCGAAGGGCCCCAGGACAACUAAUUAUGAGUGAAUGUGCACCAUGUCUUUUGUGGUAUGAAAGGCCACCACAUCAACUAUUUCUUCUCUCCAUGAUUCAUCCUGUCAUAUGGAACAAUGAUAGAAAAUAUUUCUGUUAAUGCUGCAUUUGAUUUAAUAGGUUUCUAGCCUCCAUCCAGUAAAAGGCAAACAAAA